CACUUUUCAAAUUCCAUAACCUAACGGUCGAAAUGCCCGAGUUUAUAAAAGGAAACCCUAAACCCUAGGUCGUUCUCCCUCUCCAUUCCUCUUUCUCCCUCGUUGUCCUAUCGACAAUGGCGAAGAAGCGAGCUUCGUCCUACGAGGAGGUUCGGCGGAGAACCCUAGAGGAGAACAAGAAGAAGAUGGAGGAGCUCAACCUCCGCCACCUCUCCGUCCUCGUCCGCAAGGAUGCAGCAACGCCGAAACCCUCUCCGGCUAAGCAGAGGAAGCGGAGGGUUGUAGAAGAAGGGUAUUUUACCUCCCCGAGACGGUCUCCUCGGCUCGCCAACUUGCCGGAUAGUGAGCUUAGUGAAGUGUCCCUGCAUACCAAGGAGAGGCCUUCGAGGGUUCUUCGAAGAACUUACAGGCGUCUAAAUUUCUCAGAUCGACCGUAUGCUUCCUAUGAAUCCAAGAUUUCUGCACAAAGAAAAGCGGAAGAAGUUGAAUCACAACUAGACCCUAAGUUUCCUAGCUUUGUAAAAUUAAUGCUGCACUCGCAUGUUAUCCGAGGAUUCUGGUUGGGUCUUCCGAAGCACUUUUGUGACAGCUACCUUCCAAAGCACGAUGCCACAAUCACUUUAGUGGACGAAGAAGGGGAUGAAUUCGAAACUAAUUACUUGGCAUAUAAGGCAGGAUUAAGUGGUGGAUGGCAAGGAUUUUCUGUAUUUCAUGAGUUAAUUGAUGGCGAUGCAUUAGUUUUUCAGUUAAUUGAGCCCACAAAGUUUAAGGUAUAUAUAAUUAGAGCAGGUGGAUGUGAUCAGCUAAUGCCAAAAGAGAUUUCCCAGGUGCAGGUAUGAAGCAAAAUGGUGGAAGUAAAUGCCAUUUUAACCCUUGCUUUUUGUGAGCCAUAUAUAGUUUGCCCACAUAUCAAUCUUAGUGAGCUCCUAAUUAAUGAUUACUAUCUACAUUUAUAGACAAUUAAUCUUUAUAUACUUGAACG